ACUGUUCGGCACUAACUUUUGUUUAGUUUAAGCGCUUAAAUUUGCAAUUUAAUGCAAAUUCUGUAACGUCACGUUUGUCAGUUAAUUACUGGUUCCAAUUUCGAACCGAUUGCUGAACACUGAUAGCUAUCGAGCUAGUUAUAUCAUCCCUGGCAGACAUCCAGUCUGAAAAUAACAAAUAAAUAUCAUCAUUAAGCAUAUCUUUCGUCCGUCUUCCAUAAUUUUGUUGUUUUCCAAAAUUUGGCUGCUUUCCUAGUCAUUAAACACACAUUCUCUAGAAGCAGUAACCUGAGGCUGCCAGUGGAAACGACUAUUUUGUAUCAUUGCGCCUAUAUCGAUAUCGAUAGGAAACUUGCGGCAGGAUAACGAAAGAGAAAAUUCAGUCAUCAGUGCGCCGUGGCUCCAUCUCCAUCGAAUUGGCAAUGAAAAUGUCCACGCACCAGUUCUUCUUUAGCAAGUACACAAAUUUCCACAAAAAUCACAUCAAAUUGGUUGCUGUUUAUAUGAAAACGGCAAAUCUAAUGCAAAUCUUGAAUGUGCUGAAGCGUUCGCUUUAAGCAGGAGCAGGCCGUCGCCCUGCUCUGCCGGACUGUCGCUGCUGUCCUUCG